AUGUCCUUACCUUCGAUGAUGAGGGUCGAGCGGUCGAUUUUGAGUGCUGUUCGCUCGCAGUGGACCACGCACGAUGCUGCUGCCCGUCUUGCUAUUCGCAGUCCCCUGCCGUCUGCUGAGCGCACGCACUUUAGCCAGUACAAGACCGCUAUGACUCUGUAUGACGCUAUUGUUGCGCGCUACUCCUCCCCUGCCACUGCUGCCCUUAGUCGCCUCAUGCUGCCGUACCUAUUCUCUGACCUAGCUGCUUUUGCCACAGUCGCUGACCUCAUUACGCACCUCCGCACUAGUGACACCCGCUACCGCGCUGCGCUUCCUGCCAAGUUCUGCGCCAAGAACCCCCCCCCCCCCCCUAUAUACAUCACUCUCUACUACCUCGUCACCCGGCUCCCUGACUCGCUUCGCUCGGUCAAAGACCACUUCCUCUCCCUUUGCCCCACCACGCUCACCGUUGACCUCCUCGAAGAGCACCUCCUUGCAGCAGAGAAGAGUAUAGUUGCUGUAGGAGCCUCUCGUGGUGACUCUCGUGCCCCUUUCUUUGAGGGGUGCUCCCCGUCCCUCUUUUGCCCUCUGUUCCGUCUGCUGCUGCUGUCGACCUCGUUAGCACCGAGUCGGUUGGCGCUGCGUCUGCUCCCAGUGGGAGGCACCGCAGCGGCAGGAGCAAGAGGGGCAAGACUGCUGGAGGGGAUGGCGGGGGCGGCGGUGGUGGCGGUGGAGGCGGCGGAGGGGGUGGCGGUUUAG